ACAACAUCCCCCAUGGCUUUCCCUUCAUUGAUAUGGGCCCCCAGCUUAAAGUUGUUGAAAAAAGCAGAACUGCCACAAUGCUGUGCUCUGCCAGUGGAGACCCAGACCCAGAGAUCUCGUGGUUCAAGGACAUGCUUCCUGUGAAUCUCAGCAGCAGCGACGGGCGCAUCAAACAGCUUCGCUCAGGAGCGCUGCAAAUUGAGAACAGUGAGGAUUCGGAUCAGGGGAAAUAUGAAUGUGUCGCCACAAACAGCCUUGGUGUGCGUUACUCUGGUCCCGCCAAUCUCUACGUACGAGCACGAAGAGUCCCGCCCAGAUUCUCCGUUUUACCCUCCAACCAGGAAGUGAUGGCAGGCAGCAGUGUCAGUCUAACAUGUGUAGCAGGGGGCUCACCAAUGCCAUAUAUCAAGUGGACCAUGGGCCCGGUGGACCUGUCCAGAGAGGAGAUGCCAUUAGGGCGCAGUGUGCUGGAGCUCACCAACAUUCAAGAGUCAGCUAACUACACAUGUGUGGCCAUGUCUAGUCUGGGCAUUAUUGAAGCUACUGUUCAGGUUACUGUGAAAGGUGAGAGCUGAUUUCAGAUCAGUGGUUCUGUUGAUCUGAGGUUUCACAAAAGUGUGAAUUCUGAUGUUGAUUUGCCUACAAAUGUAGUCGUUGAUGAAACAGCCCAAAUUCGUUACAGAUACUGAAGUCGUUCUGGUUUUUAGUAAAAUGUUUGAAGGGACUGAUACAAAAGCUUGUAGGUAUUUCUUUCUGGAUGUUGUUCGUUUUGGUGUCCAAGUGUCUGUAUGAGUGUGACUCCAACCAACUCUGUUUGUGACGUUGGCACUGUAUCGUCUAUCUGUAGCAGGGUAGUGUAAUCAGUGUAAUCUGUUGUGGUCCCUGUGUCUGCCUGGCUGGCCCCACAAGGCCACAUGUGUUUAUUGUUUUGCUCUGUCUUUUCCUCGUCAUUCUGACUGGGCGGAGCUCACUGUGGGCUUCACGCACCUGUCUCCCAUUACGCUGCUGUUGUGUUUGCCAUUUAAGGCCAGGACGCAGAUCCUCUCAUCACGCGAUGAUUGUGCGAGACACUUUUCCCUGGACCUGUGACCUACCUGCUGCUUGGGACAUGAAUGAUUGGCUGUGUAGAAUCGUGGAGUGUGAGUGUGAGAGAACCUUCACUUUUCCUGAACUUUCCUUUUCCUGGACCUGUGGAACCCCGGAUUCCCCUCCACAUGUAUAUAUAUUGUAAAUAAAACCUGUACUGUCUGUGCCUGUGUCCUCCCCACUAUCCAAAAUGAUCAGUGUUAAAAUAGAGCUUUUCCACAUUUGCUAAUGGCCAAAGAUCUUAAUUCUUAAUCAAAGAUAAAUUAAAGUAUAAUUUUGCUACAUAUGUUAAUAGUGAAAAUGGCUGUUCUAAUGUCUGAAUAUUAUGUGUGCGUGCACAUGAUCCAGCUUCAACCUCGGCAGUUCUGUGUCUGCAGGAAUGUGGAAGAUAAGAAAUGUGUCACCAACCCAUGAUUAUACAUGUUUUUGACUAAGAGGUAUCAAGUGUAUUAAUGAUUAAACACAGAAUCACAGUUUAUGUGGUUUUACUGAUGGUUAAUUGUGCUUAAUUGCUUGAUACUGAUAAAAACAUAACCAGGUAUAAGUUUAACUGAUAUUAAAAAAAACUAAUAAUAAGAAGAAAAUAUAAUUUCUAAUGAUGAUUCUAAAAACAGGCCUGAAGCUGAGAGCUUGGCAUGUGUGGAAAGAUGGGAGAGAAUGAAAGACGUGGAGAAGCCAAACGAUGUCUGACUUUACAAAUAUAUGAUUUUAUAAAAAUAACUUGUAUUGAGUAUAUUGUGACCAUGAAACUGAGUUUUAAAGAAAAAGUAUUUCUAUACAACCUGAAUCAAAGGGAUUAUGCUGAAAUGAAAGUUCUUGUGAAAAUGUU